AUGAUACCGAGCGUAAUGAACGAUUUAGUCUGUUUGCAUUUUCAAGCACCAAGUCGAAUCAUGGAUUUUUCAGAGUCGCAUUCAGAUAAUUUGAUAAACCGAUUUUUCGAAGCUUGCUGCGAUCCUCGAUACCCGGCGACUAUUAUGCUGGUGAGAUUAACGUCUACCGAUGACACCGUCGUCAGGAUUGCAUUCGAAAACGAACGCGCCGUGCAACACGCCGAAGAACGUUUUAUCGACUGGUACGAAAGUCAGGAAGUUGAUGAGACGUCAAAGUUCAAAUCGAUCGAUAUAUAUAUGAACUAUUCACCCUGCUGCGGGAAUUCAGAGGGAAAACAAGGUUGCGCUUCAAGAUUGAAGGAUUGGUUGGAGGACAAGGAAUUCAAGGUUGCGAUUUACUACGCUUGGUUUUACAUCAAUUUUUAUGAAAAUUCGAAUAAGCUCGCUUACGUGAACGCCUUGAACGAAUUGGUGAACGAGAGACAAGUUCCGGUGUUGAAAAUCACCAACGAAAUUUUCCAAUCCUUGUGUACCGAAUGUUCUGUUGAUGUGGACGUAAACUGCAGUUACGACGAAAAAUUGCAGUACGGCAAUGAGGGGCUCGAGAGGCAAAUUCAUAGCGUGCCCAACUUGGAGGCGGAGUAGCUGACAAAUUUUUCGAAAUCGAUGUUCUGCCAUUUUUAGUUUCCCGACGAAGUCGAACAGAUUUGUGUAGAAGUAGCAAUCGCUAUGACGUGCUCAACUGUUCUAGAAAUAGGGCUCUCGCGUAGAAGAUUUUGAUAACCUUUCAUUGGGUAGUGAAUAACACAAGUUUAAAAUGAUCAUGCGAAAAAUGAGAUCGACAAUCUGAUGACGAAACCAAAAACGUAGCGCUGUUCUCCGUUGUGAAAUCAAAAAUUAGUGCCAAGUAUCAGAACUUGAUUAGUAUCCAAAUAUAAUGAUAUGAUGAUA